UUCUGAUCCCCACUCUUUCCUCUUGCUAAAUGCUUGCAGACUUGCAAUUACGCAGCAGCUGUCCCAGAUCUUUACACGGCUCCGCCCCCAUCGCUCUCACAGUCUCGCCGCCGCCCAGUCCCCUCUUGGAACCUCGUCGGGGCUUCCUGAAAAAUGGUGGUCUCGUACACGCAGGAGCACGUGUACCGGCACCCCUGGCACCGCGUCACCGCCGCGGCGUGGCGCAAGUUCACCGACCCGGCGGCUCGCGAGGCCCCGCUCUCCCACAUCCUCGACGUGCAGACGCUGUCCCGCCGCCUCGACCCGCGCGCCGGCCGCCUCCAUGCCGUGCGCGCCAUCGCCGGGCGGGCCCCCGCGCCUCUGCCCUUCCUCCUCCGCCCCCUCGCCGCCGGCGUCGACGCCGUGCUCUGCGUGGAGCGCACCACCGUGGACUGCCCCGCGCGCGCCAUGCUCGUGAUCUCCCGCAACGCCAACCUCCGCCGGCUCGUGGACGUGGAGGAGCGGUGCCGCUACGGGCCCCACCCGGAGCGGCCGGAGGAGUGGACGCUUGUCACGCAGGAGACCACCAUCCGGUGCGCGCCGCUCGCGGCCGUGUCGGCCGUGGUCGCCGGGCUGGUUGAGCGGCGGUGCGCCGAUAGCUUCGUGCAGAACGCGGCCAAGGGGCAGGAGGUCGUCGAGCGGAUCUGCCAAGGUCUCGCGCUUGCAGACCACGAGGACUAAAAGUCUCCGGCGGCCGAGGCAGAAGAGAUGGUCUUGGCGAUUUUCUGUGUACAGGCGUUUGCUUUCAGACAGUAGUAAUAAUAUGUAAAUACCGGGAGUGAAUAAAUAUCGCAAAUUCUUUGAUCACUUGUUAAUUUGCUGAA